CCCAAACAAAAUGUCCCGGAAGUUUUGAGAGAAUGAAGUAAACAUUGGAGUUUAGUCUUAAAUGAUACUCGCCAUAAUCUAUUAACAGCAUUUACAGAUUAUUGUCGAAAAUGAACAAUAUGUCCCCGGAGGUUGCACUGCAUCGUAUCUCGCCAGAGCUGAGACCACUGCUGUGCAGUGUGGUGAGGAACGGGCGCGUGGGACUCGACGCGACCAAUUUCCUCCGAGUCACAGAUCUGAAGACAGGAUGCACCACUCUGACCCCUGGUCCGUGCUGUGACCGCUUCAAGCUUCACAUACCCUACGCUGGGGAGACCUUGAAAUGGGAUAUCAUUUUUAACGCCCGGUAUCCAGAACUACCGCCAGAUUUUAUUUUCGGGGAGGAUGCCGAGUUUAUACCCGAACCCUCAGAACUACCGCACCUGGUCCGGUGGGACGCGGGGGACCCCGAGUGCCUGCUGCAGCUGGUCAAGGAGCUGAUCCAGCAGUACCACCACUACCAGUGCCAGCGGCUCCGGGACAGCUCCAGGCUGCUGUUUGAGUACGACAGCCUGCUGGAGGAGCCCAGCUACGGCCGCAACAUGGAGGUCUACGCCGGCCGCAAGAAUAGCUGGACAGGAGAGUUCUCUGCACGCUUCCUGCUCAAGAUUCCUGUGGACUUCAGCAACAUCCCCGUGUAUCUCCUCAAGGACACCACGCUGGACCCUGGAGAGGACAUGGCCCUGCUCUCUGUGAGCUUCGAGGACGCCGAAGCGACCCAAGUGUUCCCCAAACUCUACCUGUCCCCGAGCAUUGAACAUGCUCUUGGAGGGACUUCCGCCCUUCACAUCCCGGCAUUCCCCAGCGGGGGCUGCCUCAUCGACUACGUGCCUCAAGUGUGCCAGUUACUCACCAACAAGGUGCAGUACGUGAUCCAAGGCUACCACAAGAGGAGGGAGUACAUCGCCGCCUUCCUGAGCCACUUUGGAAUGGGGGUGGUAGAAUACGACGCUGAAGGAUUUACAAAACUAACCCUUCUCCUAAUGUUGAAGGACUUCUGCUUCCUGGUCCAUGUGGACCUGCCGCUGUACUUCCCCCGGGACCAGCCCACCCUGACCUUCCAGUCGGUGUACCACUUCACCAGCAGUGGGCAGCUGUACUCCCAGGUGCAGAAGGCCUACCCCUACAGCCCUCGCUGGGACGGCAACGAGAUGGCCAAGAGGGCCAAGGCUUACUUCAAGAGCUUCAUCCCCCAGUUCCAAGAGGGAGCCUUUGCCAAUGGGAAGCUGUAGUACUCUCAAUCUUAACGGCAUGCAUGGAGAGUUGCCUGUGUGUGUGUGUGUGUGUGUGUGUGUGUGUGUGUGUGUGUGUGUGUGUGUGUGUGUGUGUGUGUGUGUGUGUGUGUGUGUGUGUGUGUGUGUGUGUGUGUGUGUGUGUGUGUGUGUGGUGUCUGUGUGUUUGGGGGAGCAAUGCCCACGCUUAUGCGUAGGUGUAUGGAUGUAUGUAUGCGUGUCCGCUGCGUGAGCAAAGAUGGGUUGCUAGCUUCUGUCCCCUCCAAUACAAUGAUGGAAGUGGGGUCGGUGUAUUUUCUCGCUUUGACACUGAAACCCUGUAGCAGAACGGGGGGGAGGAGCUUUGGACAGGGAGGUGAGGAAGUCAUUGUACCCACUCUCGGCCCUCUCCUUCUCUCUCUCGCUCUUUCACUCUUUUCCAUCUAUCUAGUCUUCUUUUUCCUCAUUCUCUCUCACUCACUAACAGACGAACACACACACACUGAUCAGUCUCUCUUUCUCUCUUUCUCUCUCUCUCUCUCUCUCUUUCUCUCCAUCCCAAACCCAUCAGAAAUUUGACAGUUUAAGGCGUUUACUUGAUAAUUUCUUAAAUAUUUAUUAUAUUCAUCUAUGGGUGAAAAAUUAAAUACAGGGUUGGCACUAUGUACGCUUGUCAAAUUAGUUGUGUCGUCAGUUGCUUGUUUUGUUCGUCAUCGUCGGAUAUCUUGGGUACGGGUUUGCUACCAUGUGUAUGUUUAAAGGCUCCCCAAACUGCACAUGUCAAGGUUCAAAUGCCAAAUUUGCACCCUUCGUUUUUUUUAUAAAUCUUGGGAAUGUCAGUGACUGACAUGGCUAGAAUAUUGCUAAACACUUCAUGUAAAUGUCUCUUUUUUGUGUGUCACACUGCUUUUAAUAAACUGUUUACCAUCAGAAACUGACCUUUUUUAUUGUCAUCAA